UGUCAAAGUUACAUUGUCAAGUGAUAAACAAUGUUGUUGGCUCAACGUGGGUAUUACCGAGGAGUGAGCUGCGUGAGGGUUAAGGUGGUGAGAGAGCAGGUUCGUGGGCAGCAGAAGCAGGAGCUGCCUCCGCCCGAGUGUCUGCCGGUGUGGCCUCCGUGUCCACCACCCCCGCCGCCGCCCCCCACCCCGCCCUGCCCGCCCCCUCCCACCAUCUAUCCACCAUUCUACUGCUGCCCAAGAACCAAAUACGAUGCGAAGUUCAUAUACAUCAAUGAUGUCCCUCCAAGCACCAGAUUCAAAGACUUCGUUGACCGAGCAUCACAAGUCAUGUUUUGGACAGAGCUGGUACGAGGUUUUGCGGUAACACUUGGGCACGUUUUCAAAGAGCCAGCCACUAUAAACUAUCCUUUCGAGAAAGGGCCUUUAUCUCCGAGGUUCCGAGGGGAGCAUGCUUUACGACGGUACCCGUCAGGCGAGGAGCGCUGCAUUGCUUGCAAGCUAUGCGAGGCCAUGUGCCCUGCGCAGGCGAUCACCAUCGACGCAGAGUCUCGCAGCGACGGCUCCCGACGCGCCACUCGCUAUGACAUCGACCUCUCUAAAUGCAUCUUCUGUGGUUACUGCCAAGAAGCCUGCCCCGUCGACGCUAUUGUCGAAGGACCCAACUUCGAGUAUACUACAGAAACGCGAGAAGAACUGAUAUAUAACAAAGAAAAAUUACUGAACAACGGUGAUCGCUGGGAGCCAGAAAUAGGAAGUAAUCUUAGAGACAACCAUUUGUAUCGUUAGAUGUGUAUUUUUUUCUCUUGCUGAUGAAUGCAUUUUAUUAUCAUGUGUAAUUUAAUUUGAAUUGAAAGGUUCUCAAGAAUAUGUAACAGGAGUUCUCACGCGUCUUAAGCAAUAAUGUGAUGAAGAGCUUGGAAAUUGAGUUGAACUACACCUCGCUCUGUAAUGUUUU